AUGUUUUUGUUAAUAUGCACAGCUAUAAUAGGAAAGGAACAAAAAAUUCAUCACCGGAUUUACAUCCUGUUGGGCCCAGAUUUCGAUGCUGAAGGUGAAUCCAGCUUAUCAGUUACUGAAAUAAAGAAACGAGCUGAAGAAAUGGUUUUAGAACGAGAAAGAAUGCUAAGUGAGGCAGCAGCACAAGGGGACAAUGAAUUGGGUGUAGAAGAAAGAAGAGAGAGAGAGAAAAAAUUACGUAUAGUUGAUAUAAAGGAAAGAGAGAAGGCAAGGCUAAAAGAGCAAGCACUAAGAAAGGAGAAAGAAAAGUUAAAAGAAAAUGAGGGAAUAGACUGGGGAAUGGGUGAAGAUGACCAAGAAGAAGAGCCGGAUCUAGCGGACAAUCCAUAUGCAUCAACUGCCAAUGAAGAGCUAUAUCUUCAAGACCCAAAGAAAACUCUACGGGGUUUCUUUUCAAGGGAGGGCAUUGAACUGGAGUAUGAUUGUGUGGAGAAAGGUGUUGGGCAGUUUGCUUGUAGUGUUGAGUUACCAAUAGAUGAUGCACAAGGACGUCCAGUUAUAGCCGAAGUUAUACAUCGUGGUAAAAAGAAGGAUGCAGUAGUGGCCUGUGCUUUAGAGGCCUGCCGUAUCCUAGACAGGGUUGGCCUUCUGAGACAAGCUAAACAUGAAUCACGUCGACGCAAAGAACGCGACUGGGGCGCGGAUGACUACUACGAUUCUGAUGAAGAUACGUUCUUCGACCGCACUGGUAACGUGGAGAAGAAGAGAAAAACUCGUAUGGUGAAGCUAGGUGUUACAUCAGAAUCCAGCAAACCACUCAGUUACUAUGAACUGGUAAAAAAAAUAGAAGAACUUGAGUUAAAUAUAACAAAAGAGGAGGCUUCAAUCGAAAAUAUGCGAGAGGAGAUGAAACAGAAUGCACAAUAUACAGACAGUUUAGAUGAUUACAUGAAGACAAUUGAUGCAAUACCCAAUUACCAUCAGACAACUGAACACAAAGAGAUGAUUUCUAAAUCUAAGUUAAAAAUUAAAGAAAUGCAAGUCGAAUUAAUAGAAAUGCGCAGACUUGCGGAGAUUGCAAAACCAACAAAUUUACCAGAGCUUACAAAAAACAAUGCUCCUAGUAUUCCCAUGAAAAAAACGAAUUCUGUCAUCUAUGGAAAAAGGAUACGGUUAAAGGGUGAUUUAAUGAAGAAACUACCAGUAAAUCAAGUAACAAAAACAGAAUUGCAAGAAUUUGUUGAAGAAAUUGACUCUGAUGAGGACCCUGAGCCUUCUAGCAGUAUAAAAGAAUCUUCUAAUAAAGAAACAUUGCUUACUACUAACACCCGGGUUACUAAUGAAGACACUCAUCUUAUAAGGACAAACAAUUCUAGCAGAAAACCACCUAAUGAUAUGGAAUCUCCUGUUAAUAAAAGCACUUCUAAUACUAGUGAGGAACCAUCUACUAAAGAAGCUUCGCAUUUUAGUGGUAUGGACAUAUUGGAUGAAGAAAAGUUAUCAAGUACAAAACAAAACAAAACUUCAAAUGAAAGUAAAGCAAUCACGGAAAAGAAAAUGUAUGGUCCAAUGAGACCACCAGCAAACUAUGUUAUACCUGAAAGUUAUUUUGAUCAAGAAACUGAUAGAGACUUACCUGAAAUUACAGAUGAAACAAAUAGUUAAUAAAUAUUUUUAAGUACU